AUGGCAGCCAGUGCAGUGGCUGUAGGAAUCAUCUUCCUGUCACAGACUAUGGUUGGAGCUCUGGGCAAUUCCUCUCUUCUCCUCCAUUACCUGGUCCUUUACUUCCCUGGUUGCUGGGUAAGACACACAGACUUGAUUCUUCAGCACUUGAUUGUGGCCAACUUGUUAACUCUCCUGUGUAAAGGAGUUCCUGAGACAAUGGCAGGCUUUGGAAUGAAAUAUUUCACCAGUGAUAUUGGAUGCAAGCUGYUUUUUGCUCUUCACAGAGCUGGAAGGAAUGUGUCCAUUUGCAGCAUCUGCCUCCUGAGCAUCUUUCAGGCCAUUAAGAUUAGUUCUGGGAACUCCAGGUGGGCAGAACUUAAAAUAAAAGCUCCCAAGUACACCAUCUCCUGCAUAUACCUGAGCUGGRUCCUGUCCCUCCUUUUAAAUGUCCCUAAUUUUAUGUACACCAUGGCAAAUAGGAGGAACAAAACCAUCACCAAUUUAAAAGACUAUGGAUACUGUUCUAGCAUCUGUCAUGCCUCAACCACUGAUUCACUGUUUGCAGCAUUGCUAACCUUCCCUGAUGCCCUGUGUGUGGGGAUCAUGCUCUGGGCCAGCAGCUCCAUGGUGCUCAUCCUGCACAGGCACAAGCGGAGAAUGCARCACGUUCAUAGGACCAGCUCCCUCAGGUCCUCCACUGAGUCCAGAGCCACCAAAACCAUCCUCCUCCUGGUGAGCACCUUUGUCUCCUUUUACACUCUUUCCUGCAUUGCUCAAGUUUGUUUGGCUAUUAUUUAUAAUCCCAGUUUGUUCCUGGUGAACACAGGUGCAAUAGUCUCUGGGUGUUUCCCAGCUGUCAGCCCCUUUCUGCUCAUGAGCCGAGGCUACAGUGUAUCUGGGCUCUGCUUUACCUGGAUACAGAAUAAAGGAACCCAUGAUAUUAUGGGAAACAUGUAA